AUGCCACUGGACAAUAUUACCGACGUUCAAGCACCGCAGGAGGAGCCCCCUCGGGGAACCCAAGCCGGACCACAACCACAAACGACAACCAUUGCAGCCACUGCCGUAGUACUUCCCGCGUUUUGGCCUAAUCGUGUCGAGCUAUGGUUCUCAAUGGCGGAAGCCAAAUUCGACUUGGCACACCCCAAGAUAACUCGAGAAGAUACCAGGUUUAAUCAUGUGCUCACCGUUUUACCUCCGGAAAUCGCAGAUGAAGUUAGCGACCUAAUCAUACAGCCGGAUCCAAACACCCCGUAUACGAAGCUAAAAUCUGCAAUUGUCACUAGGAUGGCCAUGACCGACUCCCAGAAGCUAAAAAAGCUACUCUCAGGAGAAGAACUAGGGUCCAGAAAACCGUCUCAGUUACUAAGACACAUGCGCCAGCUUGUGCAAAAUUCCAGUUAUGUUAACGACAGAGCGCUCAAAGAACUGUUCCUACAGCAACUCCCAACAUCGGUUCAAGCAAUACUGGUAUCACUCUACCAGUUAACACUGGAACAACUGGCCGAGACAGCUGACCGGGUUCUAGAAAUUACACCGACAGUGGCAGCAGUAAGUUCACCGCAGCCACAAACCGAACAAGCCGGUGCAAGCAGCUCACCACCGAGCUACGAUGCAAUUGCAGCCCUCACAAGCAAAAUGACCGAGUUGCUACAGAUCCUCACUGUCCAAAAUAAUAGAUCGAGAAACAACUAUCGAGGCAGGAGCCGCAGCCGGAGUGCUUCGUCUUCAAAGGAAUGCUGGUACCACCGUAAAUUUGGAGCUUCGGCAAAGAAGUGUAUUCCCCCAUGCACUGGUAAAAAAAACGAGGCGCAGCAGUAG